GUCCAACCAUUCUGCAUCGCCCGGAGCAACAGCCACGCAGACCUGAAAAAAAGGCAACACGCACUCUCUAAGUGGAGAGAGUGAGAAGGGAGGGGAGAGAGAAAAACGCCCUGGACACGGAGGGAGACUCGGGUUGAUAGAGAAAGACAAGUAUUUUAGAAGUGAGAAAGAACGUUUGAUUGGGAAGAAGAAGACGUGCUUUUAUCGACUGCUGGGACAGCAGGAGGGGAAGAGGACAUUGCCAACGAUGCUCAAGUUGCUGUGUUGAAGUUGUUGCAGCUCAGACUGCUCAGACAAACAGGAAGCAAAGAGACAGAGCCCUUGGCCUUGCUUGAGCAAUCCAAAUAAAACCAAGGCAGAAACAAACCACACCAGAGCAUAGACAGAGGACAAGGAAAAACAAAGGAUGGCUGAAGAGGAGGAAACCAGGGAGGUGCUCUUCUCUGACUGGUCGGGUCCAGAGAAACAGGGAAUGACCCUUGAGCAGUCAGGUGAAGGAGAGAUCUAUGUCAAAGAGGUGAAAAUGGAGUCGCCUGCUGGACGCACUGGAAGAGUACACGAGGGUGAUCAAAUUGUGGGUGCCACCAUCUAUUUUGACAACAUGAGUUCCGAGGAGACAGCGGAGCUCCUCAAGACCUUAAACAAACACAAGGUUGGACUGAAACUACAGAACAAGGACAAGUCACCAUGCCGCUCCCCCAUGGGCACUCUGUCACCUAGCCGAUCCCCAAUGGGCACUCUGACGUAUGAAGGGAAGGGAAGGUUUGGAGGCUCCAGCCAAGGCAGUAUCCUGAGUGGGGAGGAUGAAGAUUACAAGAGAAUAUAUUCCAAGAAGAUUAAGCCCCGACUGAAGUCUGAGGAUCUGGCGGAGGGCGUGGACAUCCAUACGGAACGCCACAGCAGCACCAGCACCGACGGCAGCACGAUCACCACCGUCACCCGUCGCAUCACUACCUACUCUGUAGACAUGCCAGGGGGCGUGGACGAGCAGCUUGAGCUCACCGGGCCAGAGUUUAAAGGGAACCGAUAUGAGCAGUCAGAAGGGGGCAGCUCGACUCAAAUACGAGUUUUACAUGGAAGCGGAAGCUCUUCAGGUGUAGGAGGUGGAUUGGAGGGGGGUGAUUUUGAUCUAGGAGGUGAUGGUGUUUCCUUCACUGGGCCGCAUGUAACUAGCUCUUCUGAGAAGCACUGGAGCACUGGAGGGGUGAAGACCACCACUGUAACGAGGGAGAUAGAGGGCGGAGAUGGUGGAGCAGCAGGGAUCAGAUUCAAAGGACCUAGCUUUGGAAUGUCGGGGGUGAAGGGUCAGCGGGAGUUUGGCCUCUAUAGAGGGGGUCAGCAGGGAGACGGGAGCUUUCAGGUUUCAGGUGCCUCAGCUGACGACCAGGCAGGAUCAGUCAAUGUCACGGCACCUGGAAAAACAACAAAUAUUUCAUCCAGCUCCAUAUCAAUGGGUAAAGGGGAGGUGAGAGGAGUAGAUGUUCAUUUGCCUGGUAGAGGCAGUGCAGACUGGCAGGGUAGGGUCGGAGGUUCAGUACCUGGAAUAACUAUUAGUGAUCAACAGAUGAGAGAGUCUGGGAGCGUAGGUCACUCCGGAGGCAACCAGGGUGGGGUUUCCUUACCCAGCAUGCCAGGCAUUGAUGCAGGGUUGAAUGGAGGCAAGAUAUCAACAGGCAUAAGAGCGCAAACACUUGACAUCAAUAACCCAGGCAUAAAGGAGUCUGGCUCAGUGAAAACGUCUGUAAAAGGACCAUCGGUAAAAGGAACAACAAUUGAAAAUGAAAGCAAACUUAAAGGUGGCAUCAAAAUGCCAUCAUUUGGACUGAACAUUGCAGGUACAGAAAGCGAUGGAGAUGUUAAACUACCGAAGGUGAAGGGGAGUGUAGAUGUUUCGGUUCCCGGGGUAGAUGUAGAUGUAUCAGCCCCAUCGAUGAAUGUUAAAGAAGGAAAAAAGAUAGGUGGUAUUGAUAUCAAAGCACCCAAAGUAGACAUUAAAGUUUCAGGUGUUGAUGUUCAUGAUCCAGAAGGAGGUUUCAAGAUACCCAAAGUAAAGAUGCCAUCAUUUGGAAUCAAAGAAGCUGGACGUGAGGGUCCUUAUGUGGAUGUCAACCUACCAAAAACCGACAUUGACAUCAAGCCUCCCAAAGUAGAAAUUAAAGGUCCAGAACUGGACACUGAAGGCCCAGAUGGCAAAAUCAAAGGGUCAAAAUUCAAGAUGCCGACAACAUCAGGACCAAACAUCUCAAUGCCUGAUGUGGACUUCAACCUGAAAGGUCCAAAGAUGAAGGGAGAUGUUGAUGUGUCAGGGCCCAAGAUAGAAAGAGACCUCAAAUCACCCAAAGUAGACAUUGAAGGUCCAGAUGUUGACAUUGAAGGUUCAGGAGGAUUUAAGAUGCCAAAGAUGAAGAUGCCGUCUUUUGGAAUCAAAGGUCCUAAACUGGAGGGUCCAGAUGUGGAUGUCAAACUACCUAAAGGUGACAUUGAAAUAAAGGGACCCAACGUUGACAUCAAAGGUCCAGAACUGGACAUUGAAGGCCCUGAUGGAAAAAUCAAGGGCCCACAAUUCAAGAUGCCUUCCAUAUCAGGACCAAAGAUCUCAAUGCCUGACAUGGACAUCAAUCUUAAAGGGCCAAAGAUGAAGGGUGAUGUGAAUGUGUCAGUGCCAAAGAUAAAAGGAGAUACAACAGCGCCCAAAGUAGACAUUGAAGGUCCAGAUGUUGACAUUGAAGGUUCAGGAGGAUUUAAGAUGCCAAAGAUGAAGUUGCCAUCAUUUGGAUUCAAAGGUCCUAAAUUGGAGGGUCCAGAUGUUGAUGUUAACCUGCCAACAGCUGAUAUAGACAUCAAAGCGCCCAAAGUGGACAUUAAAGGUCCAGAACUUGACAUUGAAGGCCCUGAUGGUAAAAUCAAAGGGCCGAAAUUCAAGAUGCCGUCAAUUUCAGGACCAAAGAUCUCCAUGCCUGAUGUGGACUUCAAUCUGAAAGGUCCCAAGAUGAAGGGAGAUGUUGAUAUGUCAGGAGAACUUAAAGCACCCAAAGUAGACAUUGAAGGUCCAGAUCUUGACAUUGAAGGUCCAGAUGGAAAAAUCAAAGGGCCAAAAUUCAAGAUGCCAUCAAUUUCAGGACCGAAGAUCUCCAUGCCCGAUGUGGACUUCAAUCUGAAAGGUCCAAAAAUGAAAGGAGAUUUCGACGUGUCAGGGCCCAAGAUAGAAGGAGACCUCAAAGCACCCAAAGUAGACAUAGAGGGGCCAGAUCUUGACAUCAAAUCGCCCAAAGUGGACAUUAAAGGUCCAGAACUUGACAUUGAAGGUUCAGGAGGAUUUAAGAUGCCAAAGAUGAAGAUGCCGUCUUUUGGAAUCAAAGAUCCAAAACUGGAGGGUCCAGAUGUGGAUGUCAAACUACCUAAAGGUGACAUUGAAAUAAAGGGACCCAACGUUGACAUCAAAGGUCCAGAACUGGACAUUGAAGGCCCUGAUGGAAAAAUCAAGGGCCCACAAUUCAAGAUGCCUUCCAUAUCAGGACCAAAGAUCUCAAUGCCUGACAUGGACAUCAACCUUAAAGGGCCAAAGAUGAAGGGUGAUGUGAAUGUGUCAGUGCCAAAGAUAAAAAGAGACCUCAAAGCACCCAAAGUAGACAUGGAGGGGCCAGAUCUUGACAUUGAAGGUUCAGGAGGAUUUAAGAUGCCAAAGAUGAAGAUGCCGUCUUUCGGAUUCAAAGGUCCUAAAUUGGAGGGUCCAGAUGUUGAUGUUAACCUACCAAAAGCUGAUAUAGACAUCAAAGCGCCAAAAGUGGACAUUAAAGGUCCAGAACUUGAAGGUCCAGAUGGAAAAAUCAAAGGGCCAAAAUUCAAUAUGCCGUCAAUGUCAGGACCGAAGAUCUCCAUGCCCGAUGUGGACUUCAAUCUGAAAGGUCCAAAGAUGAAAGGAGAUUUCGAUGUGUCAGGGCCCAAGAUAGAAGGAGACCUCAAAGCACCCAAAGUAGACAUUGAAGGUCCAGAUGUUGACAUUGAAGGUUCAGGAGGAUUUAAGAUGCCAAAGAUGAAGAUGCCAUCAUUUGGAUUCAAAGGUCCUAAAUUGGAGGGUCCAGAUGUUGAUGUUAACCUACCAAAAGCUGAUAUAGACAUCAAAGCGCCAAAAGUGGACAUUAAAGGUCCAGAACUUGACAUUGAAGGCCCUGAUAGUAAAAUCAAAGGGCCGAAAUUCAAGAUGCCGUCAAUGUCAGGACCAAAGAUCUCCAUGCCUGAUGUGGACUUCAACCUGAAAGGUCCAAAGAUGAAGGGAGAUGUUGAUAUGUCAGGAGACCUUAAAGCACCCAAAGUAGACAUUGAAGGUCCAGAUCUUGACAUUGAAGGUCCUGAUGGUAAAAUCAAAGGGCCGAAAUUCAAGAUGCCAUCAAUAUCAGGACCGAAGAUCUCCAUGCCUGAUGUGGACUUCAACCUGAAAGGUCCAAAGAUGAAGGGAGAUGUUGAUAUGUCAGGAGACCUUAAAGCACCUAAAGUAGACAUUGAAGGUCCAGAUCUUGACAUUGAAGGUCCAGAUGGAAAAAUCAAAGGGCCAAAAUUCAAGAUGCCAUCAAUUUCAGGACCGAAGAUCUCCAUGCCCGAUGUGGACUUCAAUCUGAAAGGUCCAAAGAUGAAAGGAGAUUUCGAUGUGUCAGGGCCCAAGAUAGAAGGAGACCUCAAAGCACCCAAAGUAGACAUUGAAGGUCCAGAUGUUGACAUUGAAGGUUCAGGAGGAUUUAAGAUGCCAAAGAUGAAGAUGCCAUCAUUUGGAUUCAAAGGUCCUAAAUUGGAGGGUCCAGAUGUUGAUGUUAACCUACCAAAAGCUGAUAUAGACAUCAAAGCGCCAAAAGUGGACAUUAAAGGUCCAGAACUUGACAUUGAAGGCCCUGAUGGUAAAAUCAAAGGGCCGAAAUUCAAGAUGCCGUCAAUGUCAGGACCAAAUAUCUCCAUGCCUGACGUGGACUUCAAUCUGAAAGGUCCCAAGAUGAAGGGAGAUGUUGAUAUGUCAGGAGAACUUAAAGCACCCAAAGUAGACAUUGAAGGUCCAGUUCUUGACAUUGAAGCACCCAAAGUAGACAUUGAAGGUCCAGAUGUUGACAUUGAAGGUUCAGGAGGAUUUAAGAUGCCAAAGAUGAAGAUGCCAUCAUUUGGAUUCAAAGGUCCUAAAUUGGAGGGUCCAGAUGUUGAUGUUAACCUACCAAAAGCUGAUAUAGACAUCAAAGCGCCAAAAGUGGACAUUAAAGGUCCAGAACUUGACAUUGAAGGCCCUGAUGGUAAAAUCAAAGGGCCGAAAUUCAAGAUAACGUCAAUGUCAGGACCAAAUAUCUCCAUGCCUGAUGUGGACUUCAAUCUGAAAGGUCCCAAGAUGAAGGGAGAUGUUGAUAUGUCAGGAGAACUUAAAACACCCAAAGUAGACAUUGAAGGUCCAGUUCUUGACAUUGAAGGUCCAGAUGGAAAAAUCAAAGGGCCAAAAUUCAAGAUGCCAUCAAUUUCAGGACCGAAGAUCUCCAUGCCCGAUGUGGACUUCAAUCUGAAAGGUCCAAAGAUGAAAGGAGAUUUCGAUGUGUCAGGGCCCAAGAUAGAAGGAGACCUCAAAGCACCCAAAGUAGACAUUGAAGGUCCAGAUGUUGACAUUGAAGGUUCAGGAGGAUUUAAGAUGCCAAAGAUGAAGAUGCCAUCAUUUGGAUUCAAAGGUCCUAAAUUGGAGGGUCCAGAUGUUGAUGUUAACCUACCAAAAGCUGAUAUAGACAUCAAAACGCCAAAAGUGGACAUUAAAGGUCCAGAACUUGAAAUUGAAGGUCCAGAUGGAAAAAUCAAAGGGCCAAAAUUCAAGAUGCCAUCAAUUUCAGGACCGAAGAUCUCCAUGCCCGAUGUGGACUUCAAUCUGAAAGGUCCAAAGAUGAAAGGAGAUUUCGAUGUCUCAGGGCCCAAGAUAGAAGGAGACCUCAAAGCACCCAAAGUAGACAUUGAAGGUCCAGAUGUUGACAUUGAAGGUUCAGGAGGAUUUAAGAUGCCAAAGAUGAAGAUGCCAUCAUUUGGAUUCAAAGGUCCUAAAUUGGAGGGUCCAGAUGUUGAUGUUAACCUACCAAAAGCUGAUAUAGACAUCAAAGCGCCAAAAGUGGACAUUAAAGGUUCAGAACUUGAAAUUGAAGGUCCAGAUGGAAAAAUCAAAGGGCCAAAAUUCAAGAUGCCAUCAAUUUCAGGACCGAAGAUCUCCAUGCCCGAUGUGGACUUCAAUCUGAAAGGUCCAAAGAUGAAAGGAGAUUUCAAUGUGUCAGGGCCCAAGAUAGAAGGAGACCUCAAAGCACCCAAAGUAGACAUUGAAGGUCCAGAUGUUGACAUUGAAGGUUCAGGAGGAUUUAAGAUGCCAAAGAUGAAGAUGCCAUCAUUUGGAUUCAAAGGUCCUAAAUUGGAGGGUCCAGAUGUUGAUGUUAACCUACCAAAAGCUGAUAUAGACAUCAAAGCGCCAAAAGUGGACAUUAAAGGUCCAGAACUUGAAAUUGAAGGUCCAGAUGGAAAAAUCAAAGGGCCAAAAUUCAAGAUGCCAUCAAUUUCAGGACCGAAGAUCUCCAUGCCCGAUGUGGACUUCAAUCUGAAAGGUCCCAAGAUGAAGGGAGAUGUUGAUAUGUCAGGAGAACUUAAAGCACCCAAAGUAGACAUUGAAGGUCCAGAUCUUGACAUUGAAGGUCCAGAUGGAAAAAUCAAAGGGCCAAAAUUCAAGAUGCCAUCAAUUUCAGGACCGAAGAUCUCCAUGCCCGAUGUGGAUUUCAACCUUAAAGGUCCAAAGAUGAAGGGAGAUUUCGAUGUGUCAGGGCCCAAGAUAGAAGGAGACCUCAAAGCACCCAAAGUAGACAUUGAAGGUCCAGAUGUUGACAUUGAAGGUUCAGGAGGAUUUAAGAUGCCAAAGAUGAAGAUGCCGUCUUUUGGAUUCAAAGGUCCUAAAUUGGAGGGUCCAGAUGUUGAUGUUAACCUGCCAACAGCUGAUAUAGACAUCAAAUCACCCAAAGUGGACAUUAAAGGUCCAGAACUUGACAUUGAAGGUUCAGGAGGAUUUAAGAUGCCAAAGAUGAAGAUGCCGUCUUUUGGAUUCAAAGGUCCUAAAUUGGAGGGUCCAGAUGUUGAUGUUAACCUACCAAAAGCUGAUAUAGACAUCAAAGCGCCAAAAGUGGACAUUAAAGGUCCAGAACUUGAAAUUGAAGGUCCAGAUGGAAAAAUCAAAGGGCCAAAAUUCAAGAUGCCAUCAAUUUCAGGACCGAAGAUCUCCAUGCCCGAUGUGGACUUCAAUCUGAAAGGUCCAAAGAUGAAAGGAGAUUUCGAUGUGUCAGGGCCCAAGAUAGAAGGAGACCUCAAAGCACCCAAAGUAGACAUUGAAGGUCCAGAUGUUGACAUUGAAGGUUCAGGAGGAUUUAAGAUGCCAAAGAUGAAGAUGCCAUCAUUUGGAUUCAAAGGUCCUAAAUUGGAGGGUCCAGAUGUUGAUGUUAACCUACCAAAAGCUGAUAUAGACAUAAAAGCGCCAAAAGUGGACAUUAAAGGUCCAGAACUUGACAUUGAAGGCCCUGAUGGUAAAAUCAAAGGGCCGAAAUUCAAGAUGCCGUCAAUGUCAGGACCAAAUAUCUCCAUGCCUGAUGUGGACUUCAAUCUGAAAGGUCCCAAGAUGAAGGGAGAUUUUGAUAUGUCAGGAGAACUUAAAGCACCCAAGGUAGACAUUGAAGGUCCAGAUCUUGACAUUGAAGGUCCAGAUGGAAAAAUCAAAGGGCCAAAAUUCAAGAUGCCAUCAAUUUCAGGACCGAAGAUCUCCAUGCCUGAUGUGGAUUUCAACCUUAAAGGUCCAAAGAUGAAGGGAGAUUUCGACGUGUCAGGGCCCAAGAUAGAAGGAGACCUCAAAGCACCCAAAGUAGACAUAGAGGUUCCAGAACUUGACAUUGAAGGCCCUGAUGGUAAAAUCAAAGGGCCGAAAUUCAAGAUGCCGUCAAUGUCAGGACCAAAUAUCUCCAUGCCUGAUGUGGACUUCAAUCUGAAAGGUCCCAAGAUGAAGGGAGAUUUUGAUAUGUCAGGAGAACUUAAAGCACCCAAGGUAGACAUUGAAGGUCCAGAUCUUGACAUUGAAGGUCCAGAUGGAAAAAUCAAAGGGCCAAAAUUCAAGAUGCCAUCAAUUUCAGGACCGAAGAUCUCCAUGCCUGAUGUGGAUUUCAACCUUAAAGGUCCAAAGAUGAAGGGAGAUUUCGACGUGUCAGGGCCCAAGAUAGAAGGAGACCUCAAAGCACCCAAAGUAGACAUAGAGGGGCCAGAUCUUGACAUUGAAGGUUCAGGAGGAUUUAAGAUGCCAAAGAUGAAGAUGCCAUCAUUUGGAUUCAAAGGUCCUAAAUUGGAGGGUGCAGAUGUUGAUGUUAACCUGCCAACAGCUGAUAUGGACAUCAAAUCGCCCAAAGUGGACAUUAAAGGUCCAGAACUUGACAUUGAAGGUUCAGGAGGAUUUAAGAUGCCAAAGAUGAAGAUGCCGUCUUUCGGAUUCAAAGGUCCUAAAUUGGAGGGUCCAGAUGUUGAUGUUAACCUACCAAAAGCUGAUAUAGACAUCAAAGCGCCAAAAGUGGACAUUAAAGUUCCAGAACUUGACAUUGAAGGCCCUGAUGGUAAAAUCAAAGGGCCGAAAUUCAAGAUGCCGUCAAUGUCAGGACCAAAUAUCUCCAUGCCUGAUGUGGACUUCAAUCUGAAAGGUCCCAAGAUGAAGGGAGAUGUUGACAUGUCAGGAGAACUUAAAGCACCCAAAGUAGACAUUGAAGGUCCAGAUCUUGACAUUGAAGGUCCAGAUGGAAAAAUCAAAGGGCCAAAAUUCAAGAUGCCAUCAAUUUCAGGACCGAAGAUCUCCAUGCCCGAUGUGGACUUCAAUCUGAAAGGUCCAAAAAUGAAAGGAGAUUUCGAUGUGUCAGGGCACAAGAUAGAAGGAGACCUCAAAGCACCCAAAGUAGACAUUGAAGGUCCAGAUGUUGACAUUGAAGGUUCAGGAGGAUUUAAUAUGCCAAAGAUGAAGAUGCCAUCAUUUGGAUUCAAAGGUCCUAAAUUGGAGGGUCCAGAUGUUGAUGUUAACCUACCAAAAGCUGAUAUAGACAUCAAAGCGCCAAAAGUGGACAUUAAAGGUCCAGAACUUGAAAUUGAAGGUCCAGAUGGAAAAAUCAAAGGGCCAAAAUUCAAGAUGCCAUCAAUUUCAGGACCGAAGAUCUCCAUGCCCGAUGUGGACUUCAAUCUGAAAAGUCCAAAGAUGAAAGGAGAUUUCGAUGUGUCAGGGCCCAAGAUAGAAGGAGACCUCAAAGCACCCAAAGUAGACAUUGAAGGUCCAGAUGUUGACAUUGAAGGUUCAGGAGGAUUUAAGAUGCCAAAGAUGAAGAUGCCAUCAUUUGGAUUCAAAGGUCCUAAAUUGGAGGGUCCAGAUGUUGAUGUUAACCUACCAAAAGCUGAUAUAGACAUCAAAGCGCCAAAAGUGGACAUUAAAGGUCCAGAACUUGACAUUGAAGGCCCUGAUGGUAAAAUCAAAGGGCCGAAAUUCAAGAUGCCGUCAAUGUCAGGACCAAAGAUCUCCAUGCCUGAUGUGGACUUCAAUCUGAAAGGUCCCAAGAUGAAGGGAGAUGUUGAAAUGUCAGGAGAACUUAAAGCACCCAAAGUAGACAUUGAAGGUCCAGAUCUUGACAUUGAAGGUCCAGAUGGAAAAAUCAAAGGGCCAAAAUUCAAGAUGCCAUCAAUUUCAGGACCGAAGAUCUCCAUGCCUGAUGUGGAUUUCAACCUUAAAGGUCCAAAGAUGAAGGGAGAUUUCGACGUGUCAGGGCCCAAGAUAGAAGGAGACCUCAAAGCACCCAAAGUAGACAUAGAGGGGCCAGAUCUUGACAUUGAAGGUUCAGGAGGAUUUAAGAUGCCAAAGAUGAAGAUGCCAUCAUUUGGAUUCAAAGGUCCUAAAUUGGAGGGUGCAGAUGUUGAUGUUAACCUGCCAACAGCUGAUAUGGACAUCAAAUCGCCCAAAGUGGACAUUAAAGGUCCAGAACUUGACAUUGAAGGUUCAGGAGGAUUUAAGAUGCCAAAGAUGAAGAUGCCGUCUUUCGGAUUCAAAGGUCCUAAAUUGGAGGGUCCAGAUGUUGAUGUUAACCUACCAAAAGCUGAUAUAGACAUCAAAGCGCCAAAAGUGGACAUUAAAGUUCCAGAACUUGACAUUGAAGGCCCUGAUGGUAAAAUCAAAGGGCCGAAAUUCAAGAUGCCGUCAAUGUCAGGACCAAAUAUCUCCAUGCCUGAUGUGGACUUCAAUCUGAAAGGUCCCAAGAUGAAGGGAGAUGUUGACAUGUCAGGAGAACUUAAAGCACCCAAAGUAGACAUUGAAGGUCCAGAUCUUGACAUUGAAGGUCCAGAUGGAAAAAUCAAAGGGCCAAAAUUCAAGAUGCCAUCAAUUUCAGGACCGAAGAUCUCCAUGCCCGAUGUGGACUUCAAUCUGAAAGGUCCAAAAAUGAAAGGAGAUUUCGAUGUGUCAGGGCACAAGAUAGAAGGAGACCUCAAAGCACCCAAAGUAGACAUUGAAGGUCCAGAUGUUGACAUUGAAGGUUCAGGAGGAUUUAAUAUGCCAAAGAUGAAGAUGCCAUCAUUUGGAUUCAAAGGUCCUAAAUUGGAGGGUCCAGAUGUUGAUGUUAACCUACCAAAAGCUGAUAUAGACAUCAAAGCGCCAAAAGUGGACAUUAAAGGUCCAGAACUUGAAAUUGAAGGUCCAGAUGGAAAAAUCAAAGGGCCAAAAUUCAAGAUGCCAUCAAUUUCAGGACCGAAGAUCUCCAUGCCCGAUGUGGACUUCAAUCUGAAAAGUCCAAAGAUGAAAGGAGAUUUCGAUGUGUCAGGGCCCAAGAUAGAAGGAGACCUCAAAGCACCCAAAGUAGACAUUGAAGGUCCAGAUGUUGACAUUGAAGGUUCAGGAGGAUUUAAGAUGCCAAAGAUGAAGAUGCCAUCAUUUGGAUUCAAAGGUCCUAAAUUGGAGGGUCCAGAUGUUGAUGUUAACCUACCAAAAGCUGAUAUAGACAUCAAAGCGCCAAAAGUGGACAUUAAAGGUCCAGAACUUGACAUUGAAGGCCCUGAUGGUAAAAUCAAAGGGCCGAAAUUCAAGAUGCCGUCAAUGUCAGGACCAAAGAUCUCCAUGCCUGAUGUGGACUUCAAUCUGAAAGGUCCCAAGAUGAAGGGAGAUGUUGAAAUGUCAGGAGAACUUAAAGCACCCAAAGUAGACAUUGAAGGUCCAGAUCUUGACAUUGAAGGUCCAGAUGGAAAAAUCAAAGGGCCAAAAUUCAAGAUGCCAUCAAUUUCAGGACCGAAGAUCUCCAUGCCUGAUGUGGAUUUCAACCUUAAAGGUCCAAAGAUGAAGGGAGAUUUCGACGUGUCAGGGCCCAAGAUAGAAGGAGACCUCAAAGCACCCAAAGUAGACAUAGAGGGGCCAGAUCUUGACAUUGAAGGUUCUGGAGGAUUUAAGAUGCCAAAGAUGAAGAUGCCAUCAUUUGGAUUCAAAGGUCCUAAAUUGGAGGGUGCAGAUGUUGAUGUUAACCUGCCAACAGCUGAUAUAGACAUCAAAUUGCCCAAAGUGGACAUUAAAGGUCCAGAACUUGACAUUGAAGGUUCAGGAGGAUUUAAGAUGCCAAAGAUGAAGAUGCCAUCAUUUGGAUUCAAAGGUCCUAAAUUGGAGGGUCCAGAUGUUGAUGUUAACCUACCAAAAGCUGAUAUAGACAUCAAAGCGCCAAAAGUGGACAUUAAAGGUCCAGAACUUGAAAUUGAAGGUCCAGAUGGAAAAAUCAAAGGGCCAAAAUUCAAGAUGCCAUCAAUUUCAGGACCGAAGAUCUCCAUGCCCGAUGUGGACUUCAAUCUGAAAGGCCCAAAGAUGAAAGAUUUCGAUGUGUCAGGGCCCAAGAUAGAAGGAGACCUCAAAGCACCCAAAGUAGACAUUGAAGGUCCAGAUGUUGACAUUGAAGGUUCAGGAGGAUUUAAGAUGCCAAAGAUGAAGAUGCCAUCAUUUGGAUUCAAAGGUCCUAAAUUGGAGGGUCCAGAUGUUGAUGUUAACCUACCAAAAGCUGAUAUAGACAUCAAAGCGCCAAAAGUGGACAUUAAAGGUCCAGAACUUGAAAUUGAAGGUCCAGAUGGAAAAAUCAAAGGGCCAAAAUUCAAGAUGCCAUCAAUUUCAGGACCGAAGAUCUCCAUGCCCGAUGUGGACUUCAAUCUGAAAGGCCCAAAGAUGAAAGGAGAUUUCGAUGUGUCAGGGCCCAAGAUAGAAGGAGACCUCAAAGCACCCAAAGUAGACAUUGAAGGUCCAGAUGUUGACAUUGAAGGUUCAGGAGGAUUUAAGAUGCCAAAGAUGAAGAUGCCAUCAUUUGGAUUCAAAGGUCCUAAAUUGGAGGGUCCAGAUGUUGAUGUUAACCUACCAAAAGCUGAUAUAGACAUCAAAGCGCCAAAAGUGGACAUUAAAGGUCCAGAACUUGACAUUGAAGGCCCUGAUGGUAAAAUCAAAGGGCCGAAAUUCAAGAUGCCGUCAAUGUCAGGACCAAAUAUCUCCAUGCCUGAUGUGGACUUCAAUCUGAAAGGUCCCAAGAUGAAGGGAGAUGUUGAUAUGUCAGGAGAACUUAAAGCACCCAAAGUAGACAUUGAAGGUCCAGAUCUUGACAUUGAAGGUCCAGAUGGAAAAAUCAAAGGGCCAAAAUUCAAGAUGCCAUCAAUUUCAGGACCGAAGAUCUCCAUGCCCGAUGUGGACUUCAAUCUGAAAGGUCCAAAAAUGAAAGGAGAUUUCGAUGUGUCAGGGCCCAAGAUAGAAGGAGACCUCAAAGCACCCAAAGUAGACAUUGAAGGUCCAGAUGUUGACAUUGAAGGUUCAGGAGGAUUUAAGAUGCCAAAGAUGAAGAUGCCAUCAUUUGGAUUCAAAGGUCCUAAAUUGGAGGGUCCAGAUGUUGAUGUUAACCUACCAAAAGCUGAUAUAGACAUCAAAGCGCCAAAAGUGGACAUUAAAGGUCCAGAACUUGAAAUUGAAGGUCCAGAUGGAAAAAUCAAAGGGCCAAAAUUCAAGAUGCCAUCAAUUUCAGGACCGAAGAUCUCCAUGCCCGAUGUGGACUUCAAUCUGAAAGGUCCAAAGAUGAAAGGAGAUUUCGAUGUGUCAGGGCCCAAGAUAGAAGGAGACCUCAAAUCACCCAAAGUAGACAUUGAAGGUCCAGAUGUUGACAUUGAAGGUUCAGGAGGAUUUAAGAUGCCAAAGAUGAAGAUGCCAUCAUUUGGAUUCAAAGGUCCUAAAUUGGAGGGUCCAGAUGUUGAUGUUAACCUACCAAAAGCUGAUAUAGACAUCAAAGCGCCAAAAGUGGACAUUAAAGGUCCAGAACUUGACAUUGAAGGCCCUGAUGGUAAAAUCAAAGGGCCGAAAUUCAAGAUGCCGUCAAUGUCAGGACCAAAGAUCUCCAUGCCUGAUGUGGACUUCAAUCUGAAAGGUCCCAAGAUGAAGGGAGAUGUUGAUAUGUCAGGAGAACUUAAAGCACCCAAAGUAGACAUUGAAGGUCCAGAUCUUGACAUUGAAGGUCCAGAUGGAAAAAUCAAAGGGCCAAAAUUCAAGAUGCCAUCAAUUUCAGGACCGAAGAUCUCCAUGCCUGAUGUGGAUUUCAACCUUAAAGGUCCAAAGAUGAAGGGAGAUUUCGACGUGUCAGGGCCCAAGAUAGAAGGAGACCUCAAAGCACCCAAAGUAGACAUAGAGGGGCCAGAUCUUGACAUUGAAGGUUCAGGAGGAUUUAAGAUGCCAAAGAUGAAGAUGCCAUCAUUUGGAUUCAAAGGUCCUAAAUUGGAGGGUGCAGAUGUUGAUGUUAACCUGCCAACAGCUGAUAUAGACAUCAAAUCACCCAAAGUGGACAUUAAAGGUCCAGAACUUGACAUUGAAGGUUCAGGAGGAUUUAAGAUGCCAAAGAUGAAGAUGCCGUCUUUUGGAUUCAAAGGUCCUAAAUUGGAGGGUCCAGAUGUUGAUGUUAACCUACCAAAAGCUGAUAUAGACAUCAAAGCGCCAAAAGUGGACAUUAAAGGUCCAGAACUUGAAAUUGAAGGUCCAGAUGGAAAAAUCAAAGGGCCAAAAUUCAAGAUGCCAUCAAUUUCAGGACCGAAGAUCGCCAUGCCCGAUGUGGACUUCAAUCUGAGAGGUUCAAAGAUGAAAGGAGAUUUCGAUGUGUCAGGGCCCAAGAUAGAAGGAGACCUCAAAGCACCCAAAGUAGACAUUGAGGGGCCAGAUCUUGACAUUGAAGGUUCAGGAGGAUUUAAGAUGCCAAAGAUGAAGAUGCCAUCAUUUGGAUUCAAAGGUCCUAAAUUGGAGGGUGCAGAUGUUGAUGUUAACCUGCCAACAGCUGAUAUAGACAUCAAAUCGCCCAAAGUGGACAUUAAAGGUCCAGAACUUGACAUUGAAGGUUCAGGAGGAUUUAAGAUGCCAAAGAUGAAGAUGCCGUCUUUCGGAUUCAAAGGUCCUAAAUUGGAGGGUGCAGAUGUUGAUGUUAACCUGCCAACAGCUGAUAUAGACAUCAAAGCGCCAAAAGUGGACAUUAAAGGUCCAGAACUUGACAUUGAAGGCCCUGAUGGUAAAAUCAAAGGGCCGAAAUUCAAGAUGCCAUCAAUGUCAGGACCAAAGAUCUCCAUGCCUGAUAUGGACUUCAAUCUGAAAGGUCCCAAGAUGAAGGGAGAUGUUGAUAUGUCAGGAGACCUUAAAACACCCAAAGUAGACAUUGAAGGUCCAGAUCUUGACAUUGAAGGCCCUGAUGGUAAAAUCAAAGGGCCGAAAUUCAAGAUGCCGUCAAUGUCAGGACCGAAGAUCUCCAUGCCCGAUGUGGACUUCAAUCUGAAAGGUCCAAAGAUGAAAGGAGAUUUCGAUGUGUCAGGGCCCAAGAUAGAAGGAGACCUCAAAGCACCCAAAGUAGACAUAGAGGGGCCAGAUCUUGACAUUGAAGGUUCAGGAGGAUUUAAGAUGCCAAAGAUGAAGAUGCCGUCUUUUGGAUUCAAAGGUCCUAAAUUGGAGGGUCCAGAUGUUGAUGUUAACCUGCCAAAAGCUGAUAUAGACAUCAAAGCACCAAAACUGGACAUUGAAGGUCCAGAUCUUGACAUUGAAGAUCCUGAUGGUAAAAUCAAAGGGCCGAAAUUCAAGAUGCCAUCAAUAUCAGGACCGAAGAUCUCCAUGCCUGAUGUGGACUUCAAUCUGAAAGGUCCAAAAAUGAAGGGAGACGUGGACAUGUCUGUGCCAAUGAUUGAAGGUGACCUGAAAUCACCCAAAGUUGAUAUUGAAGGGCCAGAUGUUGACAUUGAAGGUUCAGGAGGAUUUAAGAUGCCAAAGAUGAAGAUGCCAUCAUUUGGAUUCAAAGGACCCAAACUGGAGGGGCCAGAUGUUGAUAUCAACCUUCCUAAAGCUGACAUUGAUAUUAAGGGGCCCAACGUUGACAUCAAAGGUCCAGAACUGGACAUUGAAGGCCCAGAUGGUAAAAUCAAAGGGCCGAAAUUCAAGAUGCCUUCCAUAUCAGGACCAAAGAUCUCCAUGCCUGAUGUUGACUUCAACCUGAAAGGUCCAAAGAUGAAGGGAGAUAUUGAUAUGUCAGGAGACCUCAAAGCACCCAAAGUAGACAUUAAAGGUCCAGAUGUUGACAUCGAAGGUUCAGGAGGAUUUAAGAUGCCAAAGAUGAAAAUGCCAUCCUUUGGAUUCAAAGGACCUAACCUGGAGGGUCCGGAUGUCGAUCUCAACCUACCUAAAGCUGACAUUAAUGUUGAAGGUCCAGAAAUUGACAUUGAAGGGUAUGAUGGUAAAAUCAGAGGGCCAAAAUUCAAGAUGCCUUCAAUGUCAGGACCAAAGAUAUCAAUGCCAGAUAUGGAUUUCAACCUGAAAGGUCCAAAGGUAAAGGGAGAUUUUGAUGUGUCAGUCCCCAAGAUCGAAGGAGACCUCAAAGCACCCAAAGUAGACAUUGAAGGUCCAGAUGUUGACAUUGAAGGUUCAGGAGGAUUUAAGAUGCCAAAGAUGAAGAUGCCAUCAUUUGGAUUCAAAGGUCCUAAAUUGGAGGGUCCAGAUGUUGAUGUUAACCUACCAAAAGCUGAUAUAGACAUCAAAGCGCCAAAAGUGGACAUUAAAGGUCCAGAUCUUGACAUUGAAGGUCCAGAUGGAAAAAUCAAAGGGCCAAAAUUCAAGAUGCCAUCAAUUUCAGGACCGAAGAUCUCCAUGCCUGAUGUGGAUUUCAACCUUAAAGGUCCAAAGAUGAAGGGAGAUUUCGACGUGUCAGGGCCCAAGAUAGAAGGAGACCUGAAAGCACCCAAAGUAGACAUCAAAUCACCCAAAGUGGACAUUAAAGGUCCAGAACUUGACAUUGAAGGUUCAGGAGGAUUUAAGAUGCCAAAGAUGAAGAUGCCGUCUUUUGGAUUCAAAGGUCCUAAAUUGGAGGGUCCAGAUGUUGAUGUUAACCUACCAAAAGCUGAUAUAGACAUCAAAGCGCCAAAAGUGGACAUUAAAGGUCCAGAACUUGAAAUUGAAGGUCCAGAUGGAAAAAUCAAAGGGCCAAAAUUCAAGAUGCCAUCAAUUUCAGGACCGAAGAUCGCCAUGCCCGAUGUGGACUUCAAUCUGAGAGGUUCAAAGAUGAAAGGAGAUUUCGAUGUGUCAGGGCCCAAGAUAGAAGGAGACCUCAAAGCACCCAAAGUAGACAGAGGGCCAGAUCUUGACAUUGAAGGUUCAGGAGGAUUUAAGAUGCCAAAGAUGAAGAUGCCAUCAUUUGGAUUCAAAGGUCCUAAAUUGGAGGGUGCAGAUGUUGAUGUUAACCUGCCAACAGCUGAUAUAGACAUCAAAUCGCCCAAAGUGGACAUUAAAGGUCCAGAACUUGACAUUGAAGGUUCAGGAGGAUUUAAGAUGCCAAAGAUGAAGAUGCCGUCUUUCGGAUUCAAAGGUCCUAAAUUGGAGGGUGCAGAUGUUGAUGUUAACCUGCCAACAGCUGAUAUAGACAUCAAAGCGCCAAAAGUGGACAUUAAAGGUCCAGAACUUGACAUUGAAGGCCCUGAUGGUAAAAUCAAAGGGCCGAAAUUCAAGAUGCCAUCAAUGUCAGGACCAAAGAUCUCCAUGCCUGAUAUGGACUUCAAUCUGAAAGGUCCCAAGAUGAAGGGAGAUGUUGAUAUGUCAGGAGACCUUAAAACACCCAAAGUAGACAUUGAAGGUCCAGAUCUUGACAUUGAAGGCCCUGAUGGUAAAAUCAAAGGGCCGAAAUUCAAGAUGCCGUCAAUGUCAGGACCGAAGAUCUCCAUGCCCGAUGUGGACUUCAAUCUGAAAGGUCCAAAGAUGAAAGGAGAUUUCGAUGUGUCAGGGCCCAAGAUAGAAGGAGACCUCAAAGCACCCAAAGUAGACAUAGAGGGGCCAGAUCUUGACAUUGAAGGUUCAGGAGGAUUUAAGAUGCCAAAGAUGAAGAUGCCGUCUUUUGGAUUCAAAGGUCCUAAAUUGGAGGGUCCAGAUGUUGAUGUUAACCUGCCAAAAGCUGAUAUAGACAUCAAAGCACCAAAACUGGACAUUGAAGGUCCAGAUCUUGACAUUGAAGAUCCUGAUGGUAAAAUCAAAGGGCCGAAAUUCAAGAUGCCAUCAAUAUCAGGACCGAAGAUCUCCAUGCCUGAUGUGGACUUCAAUCUGAAAGGUCCAAAAAUGAAGGGAGACGUGGACAUGUCUGUGCCAAUGAUUGAAGGUGACCUGAAAUCACCCAAAGUUGAUAUUGAAGGGCCAGAUGUUGACAUUGAAGGUUCAGGAGGAUUUAAGAUGCCAAAGAUGAAGAUGCCCUCUAUUUCUGGCCCCAAAAUGUCGAUGCCUGAUAUUGAUUUCAAUCUCAAAGGUCCAAAGUUCAAGGGGGGAGUUGAGGGAGAAAUCAGUACACCCAAAGCUGAAUUUGAGGGAUUGGAUAUCUCAAUUGAGAGUCCUGACAUUACACCAAAGAGGUCUAAGUUCAAAAUGCCAAAGUUUGGAUUCGGAGGGCCAAAAGUCAAGUCUCCUGAGGUUGAUGUAAAUCUAGCAAAAGUAGAUAUUAAUGUCAAAGCACCGAAAGGUAGUGUUUCAGACCUUGAGCUUGAUGUUGGGGCUACCAGCCCUAAGGUCAAAGGAUCCAAAUUCAAAAUGCCAAAAUUUGGAUUCAGAAGCCCGAAAGUAGAGAUACCAGAUAUAGAUAUUAACAUACCUAAAUCUGAUGUCGGCAUUAAGGGACCCAGUGUUGACAUUAAAGUUCCGGAAAUUGACAUUGAAUGCCCUGAUGGCAAAAUCAAGGGCCCAAAAUUCAAGAUGCCAUCAAUAUCAGGACCAAAGAUCUCUAUGCCUGAUAUGGACUUUGACCUGAAAGGUCCAAAGAUGAAGGGAGAUGUGGACAUGUCUGUGCCAAUGAUUGAAGGAGAACUCAAAGCACCCAAAGUAGAUAUUGAAGGUCCAGAUAUUGACAUUGAAGGUUCAGGAGGAUUUAAGAUGCCAAAGAUGAAGAUGCCAUCAUUUGGAUUCAAAGGACCCAAACUGGAGGGGCCAGAUGUUGAUAUCAACCUUCCUAAAGCUGACAUUGAUAUUAAGGGGCCCAACGUUGACAUCAAAGGUCCAGAACUGGACAUUGAAGGCCCAGAUGGUAAAAUCAAAGGGCCGAAAUUCAAGAUGCCUUCCAUAUCAGGACCAAAGAUCUCCAUGCCUGAUGUUGACUUCAACCUGAAAGGUCCAAAGAUGAAGGGAGAUAUUGAUAUGUCAGGAGACCUCAAAGCACCCAAAGUAGACAUUAAAGGUCCAGAUGUUGACAUCGAAGGUUCAGGAGGAUUUAAGAUGCCAAAGAUGAAAAUGCCAUCCUUUGGAUUCAAAGGACCUAACCUGGAGGGUCCGGAUGUCGAUCUCAACCUACCUAAAGCUGACAUUAAUGUUGAAGGUCCAGAAAUUGACAUUGAAGGGUAUGAUGGUAAAAUCAGAGGGCCAAAAUUCAAGAUGCCUUCAAUGUCAGGACCAAAGAUAUCAAUGCCAGAUAUGGAUUUCAACCUGAAAGGUCCAAAGGUAAAGGGAGAUUUUGAUGUGUCAGUCCCCAAGAUCGAAGGAGACCUCAAAUCACCCAAAGUAGACAUUGAAGGUCCAGAUGUUGACAUUGAAGGUUCAGGAGGAUUUAAGAUGCCAAAGAUGAAGAUGCCAUCAUUUGGAUUCAAAGGACCCAAACUGGAGGGGCCAGAUGUUGAUAUCAACCUUCCUAAAGCUGACAUUGAUAUUAAGGGCCCCAACGUUGACAUCAAAGGUCCAGAACUGGACAUUGAAGGCCCAGAUGGUAAAAUCAAAGGGCCGAAAUUCAAGAUGCCUUCAAUAUCAGGACCAAAUAUCUCCAUGCCUGACAUGGACUUCAACCUGAAAGGUCCAAAGAUGAAGGGAGAUGUUGAUAUGUCAGGAGACCUCAAAGCACCCAAAGUAGACAUUAAAGGUCCAGAUGUUGACAUCGAAGGUUCAGGAGGAUUUAAGAUGCCAAAGAUGAAAAUGCCAUCCUUUGGAUUCAAAGGACCUAACCUGGAGGGUCCGGAUGUCGAUCUCAACCUACCUAAAGCUGACAUUAAUGUUGAAGGUCCAGAACUUGACAUUGAAGGGUAUGAUGGUAAAAUCAGAGGGCCAAAAUUCAAGAUGCCUUCAAUGUCAGGACCAAAGAUAUCAAUGCCAGAUAUGGAUUUCAACCUGAAAGGUCCAAAGGUAAAGGGAGAUUUUGAUGUGUCAGUCCCCAAGAUCGAAGGAGACCUCAAAUCACCCAAAGUAGACAUUGAAGGUCCAGAUGUUGACAUUGAAGGUUCAGGAGGAUUUAAGAUGCCAAAGAUGAAGAUGCCAUCAUUUGGAUUCAAAGGACCCAAACUGGAGGGGCCAGAUGUUGAUAUCAACCUUCCUAAAGCUGACAUUGAUAUUAAGGGGCCCAACGUUGACAUCAAGGGUCCAGAACUGGACAUUGAAGGCCCAGAUGGUAAAAUCAAAGGGCCGAAAUUCAAGAUGCCUUCCAUAUCAGGACCAAAUAUCUCCAUGCCUGACAUGGACUUCAACCUGAAAGGUCCAAAGAUGAAGGGAGAUGUUGAUAUGUCAGGAGACCUCAAAGCACCCAAAGUAGACAUUAAAGGUCCAGAUGUUGACAUCGAAGGUUCAGGAGGAUUUAAGAUGCCAAAGAUGAAAAUGCCAUCAUUUGGAUUCAAAGGACCUAACCUGGAGGGUCCGGAUGUCGAUCUCAACCUACCUAAAGCUGACAUUAAUGUUGAAGGUCCAGAAAUUGACAUUGAAGGGUAUGAUGGUAAAAUCAGAGGGCCAAAAUUCAAGAUGCCUUCAAUGUCAGGACCAAAGAUAUCAAUGCCAGAUAUGGAUUUCAACCUGAAAGGUCCAAGUAAAGGAGAUUUUGAUGUGUCAGUCCCCAAGAUCGAAGGAGACCUCAAAGCACCCAAAGUAGACAUUGAAGGUCCAGAUGUUGACAUUGAAGGUUCAGGAGGAUUUAAGAUGCCAAAGAUGAAGAUGCCAUCAUUUGGAUUCAAAGGACCCAAACUGGAGGGGCCAGAUGUUGAUAUCAACCUUCCUAAAGCUGACAUUGAUAUUAAGGGGCCCAACGUUGACAUUAAAGGUCCAGAACUGGACAUUGAAGGCCCAGAUGGUAAAAUCAAAGGGCCGAAAUUCAAGAUGCCUUCCAUAUCUGGACCAAAUAUCUCCAUGCCUGACAUGGACUUCAACCUGAAAGGUCCAAAGAUGAAGGGAGAUGUUGAUAUGUCAGGAGACCUCAAAGCACCCAAAGUAGACAUUAAAGGUCCAGAUGUUGACAUCGAAGGUUCAGGAGGAUUUAAGAUGCCAAAGAUGAAAAUGCCAUCCUUUGGAUUCAAAGGACCUAACCUGGAGGGUCCGGAUGUUGAUCUCAACCUACCUAAAGCUGACAUUAAUGUUGAAGGUCCAGAAAUUGACAUUGAAGGGUAUGAUGGUAAAAUCAGAGGGCCAAAAUUCAAGAUGCCUUCAAUGUCAGGACCAAAGAUAUCAAUGCCAGAUAUGGAUUUCAACCUGAAAGGUCCAAAGGUAAAGGGAGAUUUUGAUGUGUCAGUCCCCAAGAUCGAAGGAGACCUCAAAGCACCCAAAGUAGACAUUGAAGGUCCAGAUGAUGAUAUUGAAGGUUCAGGAGGAUUUAAGAUGCCAAAGAUGAAGAUGCCAUCAUUUGGAUUCAAAGGACCCAAACUGGAGGGGCCAGAUGUUGAUAUCAACCUUCCUAAAGCUGACAUUGAUAUUAAGGGCCCCAACGUUGACAUCAAAGGUCCAGAACUGGACAUUGAAGGCCCAGAUGGUAAAAUCAAAGGGCCGAAAUUCAAGAUGCCUUCCAUAUCUGGACCAAAGAUCUCCAUGCCUGAUGUGGACUUCAACCUGAAAGGUCCAAAGAUGAAGGGAGAUGUUGAUAUGUCAGGAGACCUCAAAGCACCCAAAGUAGACAUUAAAGGUCCAGAUGUUGACAUUGAAGGUUCAGGAGGAUUUAAGAUGCCAAAGAUGAAAAUGCCAUCCUUUGGAUUCAAAGGACCUAACCUGGAGGGUCCGGAUGUCGAUCUCAACCUACCUAAAGCUGACAUUAAUGUUGAAGGUCCAGAAAUUGACAUUGAAGGGUAUGAUGGUAAAAUCAGAGGGCCAAAAUUCAAGAUGCCUUCAAUGUCAGGACCAAAGAUAUCAAUGCCAGAUAUGGAUUUCAACCUGAAAGGUCCAAAUGUAAAGGGAGAUUUUGAUGUGUCAGUCCCCAAGAUCGAAGGAGAUCUCAAAUCACGCAAAGUAGACAUUGAAGGUCCAGAUGUUGAAGGUUCAGGAGGAUUUAAGAUGCCAAAGAUGAAGAUGCCAUCAUUUGGAUUCAGAGGACCUAAACUGGAGGGUCCAGAUGUGGAUCUUAACCUACCUCAAGCUGAUAUUGACAUCAUGGUACCUAGUGUUGACAUUUCACGUACAGAUCUCGACAUCAGAGGUCCUGAUGCAAAGUUGUCAGGUGGUUCCCUUGAUAUGGGAAGUCCCAGUUUCAGUUUUGAAAAACCAGACAUCAAGUUUCCAAAGUUCAAAGGUCCCAUGUUUGGUAUUAAGUCCCCAGAAGUUGAAGGUCCUGAACUGAAUAUUUCUCACAGAACGAUUGACGUAAAAGCACCUGAGGUUGACCUUAACCUUGGGGAUGCAAAUAUCAAAGGCCCUAAAUUCAAUGCACCAAAGAUCCAUAUGGGAGGAAAGAGCCCCAAAUUAGAUGUUCAUUUGCCAGAGGUUGACAGUAGUCUAGAAGCCCCUGAUGUUGACAUUCAUGUCAAAGGAAAGAAAGGCAAAUUCAAACUGCCCAAAAUCAAAGGGAAAGCAAAGAAACCUGAUGUCGAUAUUGACCUUGAAACAUCAGGUGUAGAUUUAGAUGUUGACUCUCCUGAGCUUCACCUGAAAGGAGCAAAAGUAAAGAAACCUUUCUUUGGAAGACUUCAUUUCCCUGAUGUGGAAUUUGAUGUAAAAUCUUCCAAAGUUAAAGGUGACUUGUCAUCUGGGAGUCUACAAGCCAACAUUGGGGGCCCAGAUGUAAACGUGGAAGUCCCAGAUGUAAAAACUAAGUCUAACAUGAAAUUUCCAGGGAUGAAAAUCAAAGGGCCCCAGGUAAAUGUCCCUGAUGUUGACGUAAAUGUGAACGGGCAAAAUCUGAAAGGAGAGGCAAGCCUCUCAGGAGGUUUUAAAGGUCCUAAGACAGAUAUCGGAGGAGGAGUAGAAGUAGACUCAAAUGUUUCAGGAUUCAGUGGACUACAUUUCCCAGAGGGACACGUAUCAUUCCCCAAAAUCAGUGUUCCAAAGUACCAUGGACCAGAGAUGGGAGUAGAUGUUGAUGCAGGGUUAGAAGCAGGGGCAGGAGCAGGGUUAGCAGUGGGGGGUGAGAAGGUUGAUGUGCAGACACCUUCGGUUAUUGGUAGAGUUAGUUCUCCGAGCCUGGAGUUGCACAGCCCAGACGUGAAGAACAGUGGUGGUAAAGUGAAUGUGAAGAUGCCAAGGUUCGGUUUUGGCAAGUCAAAAGCAAAGGGUGGUAGUGCAGCAGAUAUUAGCUUUCAGGGGCCGGACGCAGAACUGGGAGCCGGUGGCGGCGUUAAGGGCUCCAAAGAGUUGAGUUUAAGUCAUGGGGAGUUAGUAAGUGGCAAGUUGUCUGUAGAGGGAGGAUCUGGGCAUAGUGUGUCCCCUAAGAGCAAGUCAGCCUCACUGGAUCUUUUUAAGAAAUCAAGGCAUCGGUCUUCCUCUGUGGCGAGUGACGAGGGAGAUCUGGCUGUGUCUUCCCCCUCAAGUCACUUAAGUGCCGAGGGUGGCGACAUCUCUGUUGAUGUUGGGGGGGCCAAGGUGAAAGGAAAGAAGAGCAAGUCAAAGUUUGGCACCUUUGGUGGUUUUGGCUCAAGGUCGACGGGCUCAUAUGAAGUGACACUGGGUGAAGACAAUGAAGAGAGAGUAGAGGGAAGUGGUGGUGUAUCUCUCCCCUCUAAAAAGUCGAGAAUCGCCUCGUCUUCCAGCAGCGACAGUGGGUCUAGAGGUGGUUUCCAUUUCCCAAAACUUGACUUUUCCAUGUCACCAAAGAAAUGAAUGAAUUGUUGAGGCUAAUUAUAAACUCUCCUGUAUACUACCCAAUUAUCUUCUCCAUAUACACAACAGCCCUAUCUGCUCAAGAAUUUAAAACUUGACAGAUGAGUUCACAUCUCAUCUCAAUGUAACAUUACAUGUGUUUUAUUCCCUUAGGACUUUCUCCACACAUUUUACUUAUUACAUAUGGGGGUACAUGUUCAGACUUCAAUUUAACUGUAAAUAAGAUGAAUCUGUAUUGUAAUAUUAAGUAUUGUCUUUUGUACAUAGUCAAAAUUUAUUGAGCAUAAAUCUCACCAAAUUCAUACCAAUAGUGCCUCACAUGUUUAGUCCCAUUGUUGUAUUGCAUUCUGUUAAAAUGCAUUUUGUCAAGAUUAGGUAUUUUUAUAUCCAGGGUUCUAUUGCACAAAAAAUAGUAUAGAUUCAAUUGUUAUUUUUAAGAAAAGUUUAUAAAGUUUAUACACACAGACACACAGCAAAAAAACUACAACCUCAAUAACUACUUUUCGGUUUUUAUGUAUGAAAUUAUUUACGUUUGUUUUUGAAACUUUGGAUAUGUAAUUGUUGCAGAAGCUUAUUUACUCAACAUAAAGCCGUCCCUGUAUACCAAUGCAGUUAGAGACCAUAAUUGCAAAUGAAAACAGUGUUUCUGUUUACUAAUAAAUUCUAUCUACUGAUGUUAUUCAUCUUUGAGAGAGAGCAGGCAUUUUUUAAUAUAUUUUUUUACAUCCAAUUUGAUUAUUACAAUUCGUCCCAAUUCGUCCUUUUAAUUUGAAUUCUGCUCAAAUGCCAAAAUG